ACAGCAUUGGGAUUGUUCCUCUGGAACGAACUUCAGAGAGUUGACUUACGAUUGAGCGUGCACGUCACUCUAUCCACUCAAGGACAAGAUGAUAAGGUUCUAUCAGACCAACUGUUGAGCAGAACCUGAGCCUCCCAAGGCCAUCCUUGUUUUGACUUGUGACCACAAAUUUGUCUUGUCUAAGUGUUCAAUAACUAUAAAACAAAAUUCCCAUCCAUCUCUCCAGCCCAGCAUCCUUACAAGAGACAGGAGGCGAACCUCUGGGCUACAUUCUAACUUCACUGUUUUCUUCCCAUAGAACAUUUUUCCUUCUGAGGGAAAAUAGCUCAAGAUGUUUUUGGAAAUGCUGAACCCCAUGCACUAUAACGUCACCAUCAUGGUCCCAGAAACAGUACCUAUCAGUGCCAUGCCACUCCUGCUGAUCAUGGGCCUCCUUCUCCUGAUUUGGAAUUGUGAGAGCUCAUCUUCAAUACCGGGUCCUGGCUACUGUCUGGGAAUCGGGCCCCUCAUUUCCCAUGGCAGAUUCUUGUGGAUGGGGAUUGGAAGCGCCUCCAACUACUACAAUAAGCUGUAUGGAGAGUUCAUGAGGGUCUGGAUCUGUGGAGAGGAGACACUCAUUAUCAGCAAGUCCUCAAGUAUGUUCCAUAUAAUGAAGCACAAUAACUACAUCUCCAGAUUCGGCAGCAAGCGUGCGCUACAGUGCAUCGGCAUGCAUGAGAACGGUAUCAUAUUUAACAACAAUCCGAACCUGUGGAAAACAAUUCGCCCUUUCUUUAUGAAAGCUCUGACAGGCCCUGGUCUUGUUCGAAUGGUGGAAGUUUGUGUGGAGUCCGUGAAGCAGCAUUUGGACAGGCUGGACGAAGUCACCAACAACUCAGGCUAUGUGGAUGUGUUGACCUUCAUGAGACACAUCAUGCUGGACACCUCUAACAUACUCUUCCUGGGGAUCCCCCUGGACGAAAGUUCUAUUGUGAAGAAGAUCCAAGGUUAUUUUAAAGCAUGGCAAGCUCUCCUCAUCAAACCAAACAUCUUCUUUAAGAUUUCUUGGCUCUACAGAAAGUAUGAAAGAGCAAUCAAAGACUUGAAAGAUGAAAUAGCUGUUUUGGUGGAAAAAAAAAGAUACAAAGUUUCCACAGCAGAGAAACUGGAAGACUGUAUGGAUUUUGCAACUGAUUUGAUUCUCGCUGAGAGACGUGGAGAACUGACGAAGGAGAACGUGAAUCAGUGUAUACUGGAGAUGCUGAUUGCGGCCCCUGACACCAUGUCCAUCUCUCUGUACUUCAUGCUACUUCUCAUCGCAGAAUAUCCGGAGGUCGAAGCGGAAAUCCUGAAGGAGAUCCACGCUGUCGUUGGUGACAGAGACAUAAGGAUGGAUGAUAUCCAAAAUUUAAAAGUGAUGGAAAACUUCAUUAAUGAAAGCAUGCGGUACCAGCCUGUUGUGAACUUUGUCAUGCGCAGAGCCCUGGAGGAUGAUGUGAUUGAUGGCUACCCCAUUAAAAAGGGAACUAACAUCAUCCUGAACAUCGGAAGAAUGCACAGGCUUGAGUACUUCCCCAAGCCCAAUGAAUUUACCCUUGAAAACUUUGAGAAGAAUGUUCCCUACAGGUAUUUUCAGCCAUUUGGCUUUGGGCCUCGCAGCUGUGCUGGGAAAUACAUCGCCAUGGUGAUGAUGAAAGUUGUCCUGGGUACACUUUUGAGGCGAUUCCAUAUGAAGACAUUGCCAAAAAGGUAUAUUGAAAACAUACUGAAAAUAAAUGACUUGUCCUUGCACCCAGUUGAGGACAGCCACCACCAUGCGGAAAUAAUUUUCUCUCCAAGGAAUCCAGACAAGUACCUCAAACAGUGAACAAGCGUGGUCUAUCAACUCUGGAGCAUUACUUAUCGGUAGUUACAUGGAAACCAUCAAUUUUAUUGAGUAGGUGUCGUCAACCUAUGAACAUUUGAUGAUCUGAAGCAUUUUAUGAUCAUAGAUCCUAUGGUUUGUCAGCAAGCCAGGCAUCCAUCCAGGGAGCCAGGAUGCAAAAGAAAGGAGUCUAUGUUGGGGACCAGUGAAGAAACUGAAGUCUAAAGGGACCAAUCCUACAAAAUAUACAUUGGGAAAGACAGGCCAUCAGUGAAAUUCAUCUGGUCUCCUGCUAGAGCCCCACAGCUAUUAUGGCACAUCUAAAUGACUUUGUCAGAAGUACUUGGGUUAUUAAAAAGGCCAGGCCAACAUCCCCGCAUGUGGGACCAGGCAUAAAUGAACAAAGGAAAUUUCGUGUGUGUGUGUGUGUAUGUGUGUGUGCCCACAUGCAUGUGCCAUGUGCAUGUGCAAGUCUGGGUGUGUACUUGUGCAUGCAUGCAUGGUGUGUGUGUGUGUGGUGAGGGUGGGUGGGAAGUAACAAUCUAGACUCUUCCCAUAAGUUAAGCCCAGUUACUCAUGGUGGAUCCACAUGUAAACUGUUUUGGGACAAAAGUUAAACAUGGGGGUAUUGUUUCUUACUUUCAAUUCAUGCUCCCAGAUCCGUAGUUUGACUGUAGUAGGUAUAGAUUUGAGUAAAACAUGCCUAAGUAGUAAUUGCCUGAGUAAAAUAUAGCUAGGACUCUAUGUGUGGUAUAGGGGGAAAAUCACAUGGUGCAUUUCAAAUAAAUAAGUCUUU